AUGAAGAAAGGUGUGAUUAACAACAUGUUCCACACGACAGAAACCGUUUGUAGUGGACCUGAGAAGAAAAAGGAAUCGUUAACUUUGGCUCGCGAAAUUGCUGUUUCUAAUGGUUAUGAAUCCGAACGUCUGAAACGAGACGAUGCCGGAGUGGCCGACAAUUGGAAACCCCCACCGUAUAUAAGAUACUUUUCUGCUUUCCUUACAUCUCCGACGAAAUAA